CUUUCCAGCAAGAUGCAACCCGAGAAAUGGAACCAAACAUCGGCUAUCCUCCAACCUCGUAAAAUAUUCUCAUUACAGCAGGAGAAAAAGGCAAAAUACUGAGAAAACAGAAAGCCCAGACACUGUUUCCGAGUAUUGUUGAGUAAUAGCGGGAGUGCUAGAAAUCCGGAGCCACGAGCUUCAAAGUGGCAGCUUGUCACGACAACAUGUGUCCAACAACAGGGGCCCUUCACUGGACACGCGUCCUCUCGUAUGCAAUCCUCGUACGGGUGUUGCUGUUUGUCUUGUGGAACGUCGCCGCUUCUUCUUCAACUCAAUUGCAGGCUCAGAGUGAAAUCAACAUGCACAGUGUAACAGUCAUAAAGCAGGUCAAUACGUAUAAAAAAAUCUGGAAAACAAUGUUUUCCAAGACCUCUGUCCCCAGUGGGGAAAUGCAUUUCAGGAACCAUAGUAAAUGCUCAGGAAAGAUUGACCAUGAUCCGUCUUGCAGUGGGUUCAGAAUGUUGGAUGCAGACUUCUUCUCUGAUGCCAAGAUGCUAGAGAUUCAAAAGGGUGCUGAAGAGCUCAAUAUUCCUAUUAUCAGAUCCAACCGAGAACUAGUUGCCUCAGUUAAUGGAGGACUAGAAAAUCCAUCUUCUUUGGUUUUCCAUUCUGCAUGGAAUCAUGAUCACGCCCAAGAUGCUCCUAAGAGAUUUGAUUAUCCUUCACUAUCUGGUGUAGAAAGGCCAGAGAGUGAUGAAGAUAUUGCUUUUAUGAGUAUUCUUGAAUUGGGGCAACUGAUUAAAUCCAAACAAAUCACAUCUGAGGAGCUUGCUCGGAUCUUUUUGAAUAGAUUGAAGAGGUAUGGUCCCAUCCUCGAAUCUGUAAUCACUAUAACAGAAGAAUUAGCAUACGAGCAAGCUAAACGAGCUGAUGAGUUGCUUGCACAAGGGAUAUAUUUAGGUCCGCUCCACGGAAUACCAUAUGGUUUGAAGGAUAUAAUUGCAGUACCCCAUUACAAGACGACUUGGGGUUCUAAAUCUUUUAAAAAUCAAGUUCUUGACGUUGACGCAUGGGUUUACAAGAGGCUAAAAUCUGCUGGGGCGGUUCUCCUUGCGAAACUUGUGACUGGGUCACUGGCAUAUGAUGACAUUUGGUUUGGGGGUAGAACGAGGAACCCUUGGAAUAUCGAGGAAUACUCCACUGGUUCAUCAGCUGGACCAGCUGCCUCCACCUCCGCUGGAUUGGUUCCCUUUGCAAUUGGCUCGGAAACUGCAGGAUCCAUUACUUACCCUGCUGCUCGUUGUGGUGUGACAGCAUUGCGACCAACUUUUGGAACUGUUGGCCGAACAGGAGUUUUGAGCUUAUCAGAGAGCUUGGAUAAGCUAGGACCUUUCUGCCGAGAUGCUGCAGGUUGUGCUGUUGUUCUGGAUGUAAUCCGUGGCAGGGAUCCCGAUGAUCUUUCAUCCAGAGACAUUCCUUUUUCUGAUCCAUUUGCUGUUGAUAUCACAAAGCAGAAUGUAGGAUACCUGGAGGGCGCUGAAAUGGAUGUUGUUGAAAAGCUUCGGUUGAAAGGUGUCAACAUGAUUCCUUUUAAGCUGAAUUACAGUGUUGAUUCUGCUCAAGGUAUCUUGAACUUCACAAUGGAUGUCGACAUGUUGGCACACUUCGACGAGUGGCAGCGCUCCGGCAAGGAUGAUGAUUAUGAAGCGCAAGAUCAAUGGCCUCUUGAACUUCGCCGAGCUCGUGUUGUACCUGCAGUGGAUUAUGUUCAAGCACAAAGAGCUAGAGGGAAACUAAUACGCGAAGUAAGAGACAACUUCAAAGUCCAUGCGUUUGUCGGAAAUGCAACUGACUGGGAGCUGGUUUCCGUCGGCAAUCUUGUGGGCAUGCCUGUUAUUGUUAUCCCCACAGGAUUUAAGCAAAUAUCUGAUGCGCCCACUAAGAACACUCGGCGGAGAACUACAAUCACCACAGGCAUUUAUGCUCCGCCCGACCACGACCACAUCGCUUUAGCGUUGGCGAUGGCUUACCAGUCCGUGACGGACCAUCACAAGCAGCACCCGCCUAUUGAUGACUUAGGCCCGGAGGACUCGAUCCCUAAUCCACCUACAAGAACUAUACCUCCCAGACAAUUACGUGGAUAAGGAUGCUAGCUUUGUCAAAGCCUUGCAAUUUCAUUAGUAUGACUAGCCACUUCACUGUUUCAUGCCAACGACAUCAAUGGCUGGAUCGUUUUGGCUUGGGAUUUUGUUUCCCAGAACUACUUCCUUAUGGGGCAAAGUUACGGGACCAAAAAUAUUACUGAGUUCCAUUUAUUAGGAUGAAGAUGACAUUUUGCCCCUCUACGGAGUAUUUUACAGUGUUAGCAGUUUCACUGUACACAUUAUCUUUCUUGUUUAUGGCAUAAAAGUUGGAUUUCCUCCACGUA